AUGGCUGUGCUACAGGAGAGAAUGAAUGAAAUGCAGAGAAUGUUGGAGGCCUGCAUGGAUAUGCAGCUUGAGCUGCAACGCUCAUUAAGGCAGGAAGUUUCUGCAGCACUUCAUUCCUCAGAUGAUGGGUCAACAAGGUUGCAAGACCAUGAUUCCCGAGAAGAUAAAUCUAAGUGGGAGUGUGUGAGGAAAGGACUUUGCUGUAUAUGUUGUGAGAGCAGUAUUGAUUCUUUAUUGUACAGAUGUGGGCACAUGUGUAUGUGCUUGAAAUGUGCGAAUGAAUUGUUGGAAGGCAAGAGAAAGUGCCCAAUGUGUCGAGCACCUGUGGUGGAGGUGGUACAUGCUUAUGCGAUAGUAUAA